AUGGCUUCCACAGGGGCCGAUGAGGAGCGCCAUGUUCCCGUGGUGUGGAAGCUAAUUUCGGGCGCUCUACCACCGACGAUAGUGAUUGCCAUAUCUCAAAGUAAUGCAAUCGCAGACAUAACCUUGACGGUGGGCUAUCUGGCUGCCCUCAUGUCCGUGACAUCACAAUGUCUCAUGCCUCGUGCCAAGUUUAUCAAGAUCAUGCUGUUCAAUCUUUUGGCGGUGUGUAUCGCUGCAUCGCUGUGUUGCUUGGCCAAUUAUUCUGCUGUCAAGGCGAGGCAGCACAGUACCCCUAGUGAUGCUUCCGAGAGCGCAAGGAAUGGAUACAACAGCGAUGCAUGUGCGGUUGCAGCAGUGUGGCUUUUUGUCCUGAUUUGGCCCGCGAAUGCAAUCCGUGCCUGGCGACCUAUGGAGCUGCAGGACCCAAUGGUAUCAUUUUCCAUUUUCUCAAGCGUCACUAUCACCCGCAUUGGCACCUUCGUCACCACUUCUGAAGGCCUUGAAUUCAUUUCUAGACUUUUAAAAACCUUUCUUAUCGGGUUUGCAAUCGCUUCGGCUGUGUCAUUGCUUAUUCUGCCCAUAACCAGCAGAAGUUAUGUCUUUCAAGACAUGAGGGAGUAUGCAUCACAGGUACAACAUGUUCUACAAUUUCAGAUUGGUUUCCUGAAAGGGAGUUCCGCAUCCACGGUGUGGGUAGGGCAGGGACUUCUGAGUCGAACCCGGACCGCGUUGAGAACAGAGGAUAAUGGGAAUGUCAGUGGAAACGGCGUGUCUCCAGGCUUACGCGAAAUCAAAGGAGCCUUAAACCUAUCCAUGAACAAGCUCAAUGCCUUGCAUAGCAAAUUGCAUUCCGAUUUGUUCUAUUCUAAAGACGAGAUUGCCUGGGGCAAAUUAGCCGCGGAUGAUCUUACCAAGGCCGCUGCCUUGUUUAGGGACAUACUGCUGGCGCUGUCCGGCAUGUCAAUGUUACCAGACAUACUUGAAAUGAUAGUUCAAGAAGAAAUGUCCAACGAAGUCAGGGAAACAUUUGAUAACGAAACUCUUUCAAAGCAUGCCGAGGUACAAAAAAGCGUGAUGAUGCUUCACAAACAACUUGUGGAUACCCUCCAUUUGAGCUCGGCAGGUAUGCAAUAUUUUCUCCUCACAUUCGAGCUUAUAUCUGCGAAGCAGUUCAAUACGAGAGAAACCGAGAACUCGAACACGAGAGAUGAAGAAUCGAGUGGAGAGUAUCCGAAUCCACUUCAAACCAAUUUUGUAACCGAAUAUGAGCGAGUGCUACAGAAUCUCUACAACCAACAAAGAAAUGUCCCGGAAGAAUUGUCGUCUAUCAGGGCCUUUUCAGAUAAUGGAGAUCCCGAUGGAAAUCUAAAUGCAGAGUUCCUAACAUCACAUACUGAUGUGCGGCAAGACUUCUUCCUGCUUCUCUACAUGGGGCAAAUGCAAAGAAUACUCCUAAAUUCGAUCUUCGAACUCGUCAUAUUUGCGGAUAGCAAAGUAAAGGACGGAACAAUGAAAUCUAAUCGAUUAAUAUUCCCUAGAGAGGAAUCAGUUCGAAAUUGGUUUUCUCUGAAGACGGAGCAGAAGGAAUCAGAAAGUGGUAUUACGGGGCAAACGAAUCGGCCAAACGAUAGCUCCUCUACGAGGGGCGCAAAACAGGAAAAUUCAAUUUCUUGUUCAGACCCCGAACAUCUGCUACCAGUCAAUACCUGGGAGAAAGCAAGUAACCUUUUACGAUACAUUCCGCAAACGAUUCAAUCGGAAUUGAGCGUCUUUGGCUUUCGCGUCGCCGCUGCCUCAUUUUGUGUCGCCAUCCUAGCGUUCCUUCGCCAAACUCAGGAAUUCUUCUUCCACGGACGAUGUAUUUGGGCAAUGAUUGUUAUUGUCAUUGGAAUGUCUCCUACAAGCGGACAAACUUUGUUUGGUUUCAUGGCGAGAAUUAUUGCCACGACUGUCUCCAUGAUACUAAGCUUGAUUGUUUGGUAUAUUGUUGAUGAAAAGACUCCUGGAAUAAUUGUUUUUUUAUAUUUUGCGAAUGUGUUUGAGUAUUAUUUUUACGUCAAAAAACCACAAUACUUCGGACCCAUUGUGAUCUCUAUUGUGACCCUGAAUGUCAUAGUUGGGUAUGAGCUUCAGGUUCGCAAGCUUGGAGUUGAAGUGGCCACUUCAAAUGAUCAACCGUAUUACCCCAUAUACAUAUUUGGUCCGUACAAAUUGGCGGCUGUUGCGGCUGGCUGUGCUAUUUCCUUCUUCUGGGUCAUAUUUCCAUAUCCUAUAACAGCCAAAUCCAAGCUACGAAAACUGCUUGGGCAUGGCCUUUUUAUUCUUGCUCAAUUCUACGGCGCUAUGCAUGAAUCAAUUGAAAUAUGGAUGAGAAGUGGGUUACCCGAUGGCCGCAACAACGCCGCGAACGCCUCUCGCAGACUCUCUGUGGUGCGUCGCAAGCUCUUCAAAGAGGAGAUGGUACUUUUGAAUACACUACGUAUGCAUAGCCAUUUCACUAAAUUCGAGCCACCAAUUGGAGGAAAAUUUCCCAGGGAAACGUACGACAAUAUUAUCUCUAAGGCGCAGCGUCUCCUCACCAGCAUGUCCUUGAUGGUUACGACUACCCGAAAUCUCGAAAGACUAUACCCGAGCAACAAACCAGAAUUGUCUACAUCUUCAACAGCUGAAACACCUGCAGCAGAUACUUCGGAUGAACAAUGGAUGUCUCAUCUUGCCAAAAUUGCGUUCAAAUCGCCUGACUUCAAGUCUCACAUUACCUCGUCCCUUCUAUGCCACCUUUCCGCAUCGAUCAUGAAUGCCCAACCACUUCCUCCAUACAUGCGUACCCCAGAAUCAUUCCCUCUAGCCCGGCGAAUGCAAAAGAUUGAUAAGGAGCUUCUCAACAUUCGUCAUGUGCAGGAUCCUGCCUUCUCGGCUUUUGUGUCGCUAGAAGUGCUGCGGUCAGUUCUUACGUGGACUUUGAAAGAUUUAUUGAAGGAUGUGAAGACAUUGGUGGGUGAGCUGAGUUUCGCAUUUGACGUCGAGCAGCCGGAGUCAGCGCAUUUAUUGUCCGACGAAGCAUAA